UACGUUCUCGCACAAUGUGGUCGUUCAUCGCCAAAAUGUUGAAAAUGUUGGAAAGUAAGAGAGGCAUUAUUGCCUCCGGUGUCAUUUCGAUCGCUAUGGUGAUCAUAUUCUUAUCGUUACAAAGAACUGUGUUUUACAUGUAUGGGGGAGAAAUUGUAUUUCACAUUUCUGGUAUAGAAAUAUUCGCCAGCAUAGUGCUUAUUGUAGGCGUUUUAAAGGAUAAACAUCAAUUCCUGCUGCCAUGGAUGAUAAUGACCGCCCUUUUUAUCUAUUCACUGAUAUACACAGCUAUAGAAAGCUUCUAUAUUGAAAUUUAUUUUCAAGUUAUCGCCUGGUUUCUGGUGCUCAUUUUCACGAGCUAUCUGUCGUGCGCCCUGUACGCUGUAUACAAUAAGUUCCAGGAAAUGCGAAGCGCCACUUCACCAGCUAUAUCCCAAUCGACGGCACCCCCCGCAUAUAGUCCAAUCGACGAAAAGAUGAUUAGGGUUUAAAAUAAUUUGGAACAAAUGUAUGUAUUAUUUGUAUACCCUGUACCCAAAGGGUAUACUAGUUUGUAUUUAUACACUAAAUAACUAAAAUAAAAUACAGCUUAAUGAUGGCCGAAAGGUUAUUAUUUGAAA